AUGCCAAAAGAAACCAUGGUAAAGGGACUUCAGGCAGCAAACUUUCGCGUGUUAAACCCAGAACAGUUACAUAGUGGUAUGAUCCUCAAAAGUAAAAACCCUAACAUGACAUCAGACUCAUGCACGGCUGACCACGCAAGUAACGUCAUCGAAACAGACAAUUCUGAUAAACUUACCAGAAAACCACCAACUGCCUUUGUCCAUUCGGACGACUGGAGUCUCUAUUUGAGGGUGUGCUGUCAGCUUCGCCAGAUCCGCAGUAACUAUGGGUGCACAGAAUUGGAAGCUCAAAAACUGAUUCGUACCGGUCGACGACGCAGUCAGGCCUGCAUACUUCGAUUAAUUUUUGCUUUCAACCACCUGUAUUCGGAAUAUAGCCGAGUAGUUUUCACAUUGAAUAACUUACAAAAUCAAGACCAUUGCUUACUCAACACAGCCUUAUCCAGAAGCUACUCGGGACUUUCAACUAGUCACACUGUCCAGGAUUCAACCAAUCAUGGCGACACGAAUGUCUGCAAAAACAAUCCUGUUUUUAAGGGACAAGACAGUAAACUCCAAGAUGUCUUGGAGAAAGAUAGAGCGUUUUAUCCUGAACAACAUGAAGAGCAACGUUCAGGUACUGUGGUACCGGUAACCCACUCACUGACUGCGGUAAAUACCACUUCGACGUCACUACCUACCAACUACUCCCUCAUGUCACAUACUGUGCAAGAAUUUACAGAAACCCCACUGCAAUCUACACAAUCCGGCCUCAGUCAAACAUCAACACCAGCCUGUUUUCAAUGGUGUCGAAAACAUUCUGGAAAACGCCGUCCCUUGAUGAGCAGAAACCGCUCAUAUGAAGCGCUGAAAGUUUCCAGAGCUAUCGAAACUUCAAAGAAUUUUUCAAACAAACACAGACCCUCAGAGUUAGAUUCAUAUGACUACUUUGAUCAAAUUAAGCGCAGACCGACAAACAAAAGCCUCGAUAUUUUCCAGGUCGCUAGUCAUCAAUGGCGUAUUGAGCAUCGCACACAACUGUCCUCCAAGAAUACUGGCUCACAAACUCAGCACGUUUCGAACAAAAGAACGGAAUUUAUUCGAUUACCAAUAGCACUUGAACUAAUUCUUCCUCGUAUGCAAAAACAGAUAGAAACUGUUAUGAUUAGUUGCCAGCACGUCUAUGAUCCACUCGAAGUGGCUUCCGAACUUAGACAAAUGAACUACGACACAGAAGCCUGCAUAGCCUACUUUCACAAAACGCGUCCUCUGCGUGAUAUCAUACACGAAUUUCUGUCAGACAAAGAUCCUUUUGAUAGAAACGCACAGCACAUUCGUUCAUCAAGACAGCCUAAAACCGAACAGACUAUUCCAAGCAGUUUACAGACCUUCCUGCUGGGAAUUCAGUCUUGCGUGGUUGAGUUAAAACAGGCCAAACAAGAUGUGUCACACAAGCUUUGUCGUCUGCGGGCGUUUGUGUACGAUACAACUGCUUCUGUGGAGCGAGCGUUGAAGGAAAAACUUGUGAAUUAUUUAUUCGAAGCCCAGAAGUUUGACAAAAUAAUUCCAUUACGAAACGGUGACCUAGCGCUCUCUGAACUGAGCAAGCUUGUUCAAGAAAAUCAGUCACUGAAGCAGACCCUUCAAAUAGAAGAGGAUCGACGAAAAAAUAUGUUUAAUAUGAUGCAAGAAUAUUUUGGCAAUGUCCGAGUUUACUGUCGAUGUAGGGGUAUUCCAAAGGCGAAAUCCUGCUUAGAAGUCCAUUCACUGGAUACGGUUGUUCUAAUGACCGGUUCGGAUGCGGCCGCAGAACAGUAUAAAUUCGACAGAGUCUUUGAUACUAACGCCAGUCAAACGGAGGUUUAUAAAGAACUCUCUCCUUUCGUUUCUUCGUUUCUUGAUGGCUAUAAUGUAUGCUUUCUAACAUACGGGAGUGAAGCAAGUGGAAAGACUUACACUCUUCUUGGGGGACCCGAUUAUAAACCCAGCACGGAAGGGAUCGCUCAGCGUGCUUUGCGAACAGUGUUGUCGGAAAAGACAACUAGGAGGAGUGAAUGGGAGUACCAGCUACUCGUGUCUGUGGUAGAAGUUUACAACGAUACUUUGACGGACAUUUUGACAAAUGAAAAUGGAAUUCACCUCCAUAUUGAGUCUGGUCCAGACCAUAUGAUGGAUGACAUACACCGCCAGCUAAUUGAGAAGGAUUCUGACAUAGAUGACCUACUAGCUUUAUGCCGAACACGGAGAAGAGUAGGUCGUACAGCCCUAAAUCUAUGCUCCUCUCGCUCCCAUCUGAUCAUAUUUGCCCAGCUAAAUGCUCGAAGCCGUAUUCAUGAUACCAGUCUGUCUAGUAUCUUGGCUCUGUGUGAUCUGGCUGGCUUUGAGGAUGUCAUCAAGGCAGAUACACUUGGUGACCCGAUCCUGGCGAAAGAAGCAGGCUAUAUUAAUCGAUCCCUGACAGCACUCAACCGUGUCUUCAUGUCACUGCGCUCUCAGGAUCCAACGACUGUGUCCUACCGAGACUCUAAACUGACCUACCUGUUGAAGCCCUUUUUUAGCUCUUCGGGUAAAUGCAUCCUCAUUGUCACCGUACGUACGGACCGAGUUAACUUGGCCUCAACUCAGAGUACUCUGCGUUUCGGACGGGAAUCAAGAGGAGUCAGUUUAGGAAGGGCACGUCGGCAGUUGAAUUUGGACAAGAUUAUGAAUGAGCUCCGAAGCACAUGA